UGUUGAAAUAGCCAUUCGCGCUCCUCCUCCACAUGAGUGCAACGAAGAUGGCGCAGGACGGCAAGGUGCCCAGCGAUCUCUAUCAGCAUGUGUACUCGUUUCUCGUGGAGAAUAAGUUCGCCAAAGCUGCGAAAGAGUUUUUAAAGCAGGCUAAAGUGAAACCUCAGGACCAAAAUGAGGACCGUCUUCUGGACAUCUUCAAUUUCUGGGUGAAGUCCCCAGAAACCAAAAAGCGCAAAGCGGUCACCACUGGCCCUGCGGCAGUAAACGGACCAUCGGCCAAGAAAGCAAAGAAAGAUGCAGAAAGUUCAAGUAGUGAUGACUCCAGCAGUGAGGAGGAAGCUGCAGCACCUGCUAAGAAAGCCGUACAAGUGAAAGCUCCUGCUCCAAAGAAGCCAGCAGCUGUAGCUGCUAAAGAGAGCAGCAGCUCUGAAGACUCCAGUGACUCAGAGGAUGAAGCUCAGGCUAAAACAGCUGCAAAGAAACCUGUAGCUGUGAAGCCUGUGGCAGCAGCCAGGAAGAAAGACACCAGUUCCAGCAGUGAGGAGUCUGACUCUGAUGACGAGCCCGCCAAAACUCCAGCAACAGGGGCCAAGCCUGUUGCAGGGACCCCUAAGUCAGUGUCCACUCCUGCAGCUGCAGCUCAGAAGAAGCAGGAGAGCAGCAGCAGUGAGGACAGCUCGAGUGAAUCUGAGGACGAGGCUCCAGCUAAGACAGCAGUAAAAGCAGCAGUCCCGGUGAAGACCCCUCCAGCCAAACCUGCGGCCACUGCAAAGUCCAGUAGUGAGGAGUCAUCCUCAGAUGAGGACGAUGCCCCUCCUACCAAGAAAGCCAAGCCUGGACAAUUCAGUGCCGUCCCGCCCCCUGGAACACUGACAACCCGUGCUCCAGUCAAAGCCCCCGCAGCCCCAGUUAAGGCUGUGACUCCCAAAGCUACUGCUAAGAAGGACUCCAGUUCUGACAGCUCUGAUUCGAGUUCAGAGGAUGAAGCAAAGAAGCCAGCAGUCAAAGCUGCACCGGCUAAAGCAGCCCCAGCUAAGAAAGCACCUACAAAGGUUACUCCUGCUCAGAAAAAGGACUCUUCAAGUUCAGAUUCUUCAAGCUCAGAGGAUGAAGCAGCAAAGCCAGCUGUCAAAGUCACACCUGCAAAAGCUGCAUCUGCUAAAUCUACACCUGCUAAAGUCACUCCAGCUGCAGACGAGUCUUCUAGCUCUGAAGACUCUGAUGAUGAGGAGGAGGAGGCCAAGAAACCAGCAGCUAAAGUUGUCCCAGUUAAACCUGCGCCAGCCAAGAAAAUGCCAGCUAAAGUCACGCCUGCUGCAAAAGAAUCUUCAUCUAGCUCAGAGUCUGAGGAUGACGAACCGGCCACAAAACCUACUCCAGCCAAGGCAACCCCUGCUAAAGCUGCUCCUCCAAAGAAAACUCCUGCUAAGAAAGAUGAUUCCUCAAGUUCAGAUUCAGACAGCUCUGAAGAUGAGGCACCAGCUAAACCAGCAGCCAUAUCCAAGCCUUUGAGCACUCCUCAAAAGAAACCUGCCACCACACCGGUAUCCAAACUUGCAAAACCUGCCCCAGCCAAACCAACCAAUAAACCAGCGGAAAGCAGCUCCGACUCGGACAGCUCUUCAGAUGAAGAUGAGGAACCUCAAAAGAAAGCCACCGCCACACCGGUAUCCAAACCUGUGGCUACCUCAGCUAAAUCUACCCCUGCAGCUAAAGCAGCCGAAAGUAGUUCUGAUUCAGACAGCUCAUCAGAUGAGGAACCGCAAAAGAAAGCCGCCGCCACACCGGUAUCCAAACCUGGUACCCCCGCUAAACCUGCAGCUAAACCUGCAGCUAAAGCAGCUGAAAGUAGUUCUGAUUCAGACAGCUCAUCAGAUGAGGAACCGCAAAAGAAAGCCGCCACCACACCGGUAUCCAAACCUGUGGCUACCUCAGCUAAAUCUACCCCUGCAGCUAAAGCAGCUGAAAGUAGUUCUGAUUCAGACAGCUCAUCAGAUGAGGAACCGCAAAAGAAAGCUGCCACCACACCGGUAUCCAAACCUGGUACCCCCGCUAAACCUGCAGCUAAACCUGCAGCUAAACCAGCUGGGACCAGUUCUGACUCAGAAACUGACAGCUCUGACUCGGAGGACGAGACUCCAGCUGCCAAGACCCCUAAACCAGCAGCAGCUAAGACCCUUAAACCUACUAAGAGCCCUGCUUCUGCUGCCAAACCACCUGUUCCAGCCAAAAAGGCCACAGCUGAGUCCAGCAGCAGUGAUUCGGACAGUUCCAGUGAAGACGAGAAGCAAGUAAAGACUACUGUGACACCCAAAGCAGCAGCAGCUAAGCCAGCUGUGACUCCAGUUAGUGCAAAGAAAGCUGAGAGCAGUAGCUCAGAGUCAUCUGACAGCUCAGACUCUGAGACGGACGCUAAGAAGACUCCCGCCAAGCCUGCGGUCGCCAAUGGAAAGGCUACGACACACACCCCCACCUCUGCAGCAAAGACGGCAGCCAAAAAGAAAGAGUCUUCAUCCUCCGGUGACAGCAGUUCUGAUGAAGAGGAGCCGUCUAAAACACCGGCUGUGAAAACUCCACCCGCUACAAAAACAAAGGCUGCUAAAGCUAAAGCAGACAGCAGCUCUUCUGAGGACUCUUCAUCCGAGGAAGAGGAAGCGACCAAGACUCCUGUCACUUCCGCAACAAACGGUACACAGGGCAAAAGAAAAAGGAAUGAGGAAAGUACACCCAAGAAUAAAAAAAUCACCAUCUCCACACCUCAGACAUUUCCCAAAGUCAAGCAGAAGGAAAGCAAUACUCCUUUCCGUAGAGUAAAAGACGACGAGAUUGAGGUGGACCCCCGACUGGCAGACAAUUCAUUCGAAGCAAAGAUGGGAGCCAACGGAGACUGGGGCCAGAAAGCCAACAGUGUGCUUAAAUUUACCAAGGGCAAAUCUUUCCGGCACGAGAAGACCAAGAAGAAGCGUGGCAGUUACUGCGGUGGUGCCAUCUCCACCUCAGUGAACUCCAUAAAAUUUGACAGUGAAUGAGAUCACAAUCUAAAUGAAUUUCAGAACUUUCCCCAUCUGUAUCCCCCGUUCGCAGCUCUAGCAAGCACUGUUCUGACCCAUCUACCCUCCCUUCCUGCAGGACGUACUGACAUUGUUCUGCCAGCAUUGAUUGAGGAAGGCAGGAAUGGUUGGGUUGGUUGGUGAGGUGUACGGUUGUCAUUAUCUUCUACACUGUCCUUCAUGCAGUUAGACAUGGCGACCACAUGGUGGCGUCAAUUCAUUGAGUUUUGCAAUAGAAAGUCUUUUGAGCUUAUGUAAAAUCAUUUUGGCUUUACUGUAAAUGUUUCUUGAAGUUGGUUUUGACAAAUUAUGUAUGGUUGUCCUAACGGGUAAUUGUUAAUAUACUAGAAAUGAUUUACUUUUUUUUUUCUUUUUUACGCAUCUUAAAGAAAUGUCAUUGUUAUGGUUACGUUAUGAGCCUAUCCAUGUAUCUUAAGCCUGGUGAUUGUCCCAUUUGAAGAAGCCAUGUAGUUAUGACUCCGCCCACUUCUGUUUGAUGGAUUACUGGAAGACCACCCUUAAGAUAACGAGUCAUCCUUAUUCAAUUUUAGUUUUGAUAUUUUAUGGUUUCACUUCUGUUACGCAGGAUUUUGUAAUUUGGUCUCACUUAUAAUCGGUCUUAUAACUGUAAUUAAAACUUUGACUGACUGAAA